GCGGAGGAAGGGCCGCUCGGGGCCGCGGCGGGCGGGGCGGGGUGAAGCGGCGGCUGCUGCCAUUCCUCUGCUGCGCGGCCGCCUCCUCCCCCCCGCCUCUUCCUGGCCGCGGCGAGAGCUGUGCUGGCAGCGGGGAGGCGGCGGCGCCCAGCUCCCGGCCCGCCAUGGCGAUCCGCAAGAAGAGCAACAAGAACCCGCCGGUGCUGAGCCACGAGUUCAUCGUGCAGAACCACGCCGACAUCGUGUCCUGCAUGGCCAUGAUCUUCCUGCUGGGGCUCAUGUUCGAGAUUACAGCCAAAGCAGCUGUCAUUUUUGUCACUCUUCAGUAUAACGUUACCAUUCCUGCCACAGAAGAACAAUCUGCAGAAACAAUCUCUCUCUAUCACUAUGGCAUCAAAGACUUGGCUACGAUUUUCUUCUAUAUGCUCGUAGCAAUAAUCAUACACGCUAUUAUUCAGGAGUAUGUAUUGGAUAAAAUUAACAGGAAAAUGCACUUUUCCAAAACGAAGCAUAGCAAGUUCAAUGAGUCUGGCCAGCUCAGCGCGUUCUACCUUUUCUCCUGUGUCUGGGGCACAAGUAUUCUUGUCUCUGAGAACUACAUAUCAGAUCCAACCUCUCUGUGGAGGGACUACCCACACACUCUGAUUCCGUUUCAAAUGAAGUUUUUCUACAUCUUACAGUUGGCAUACUGGUUUCAUGCUUUUCCUGAAUUAUACUUCCAGAAAACUAAAAAAGAGGAUAUCUUUCGCCAAAUUGUCUACAUUGGACUUUAUCUCUUUCAUAUUGCUGGAGCCUAUCUUUUGAACCUGACCCAUCUCGGACUUGUCCUCCUGGUAUUGCAUUACUUCGUUGAAUUUCUUUUCCACAUAUCUCGUCUUUUCUACUUCAGUGAUGAAAGAUACCAAAAAGGAUUUUCACUGUGGGCAGUCCUUUUUGUUUUGGGAAGGCUUCUCACCUUGAUUCUUUCGGUCCUCACUUUUGGCUUUGGUCUGGCAAGAGCAGAAAAUCAGCAGCUGAAUUUCAGCACUGGAAACUUCAAUAUCCUGGCUGUUAGAAUCAGCGUACUGGCCUCCAUCUGCUUGGCUCAGGCAUUUAUGAUGUGGAAAUUCAUUAAUUUCCAACUUCGGAGAUGGAGAGAGCAUUCUUCUUCUCAGCCUCAAUUGGUGAAAAAGAAGUUUGUCACAGCUAAAGGAAAGACCUCCAGAAAAGAAAGAGAAAAUGGAAUAAAUGGGACAGUGACCUCAAAUGGAGCAGACUCGCCUCGUAGCAGGAAGGAUAAAUCCUCGUAAAACUGGGUUUUAUUAAGUUAAUUGACAAGUGUCCCCAAAGAAUCUGCUUUUUACAUGGAUGGCCCUUCAGCACUAGCGAUGUAAUGGAUUAAAGGAAAUACAAAUCAUGGUUUUUUGAUUAUUGCUAUUGUUUUGUGAAACUUUUUUUAAAAGCCAUUUUGACUAAGAGAAAAGGUUUAUCUGUCUUCAAACAAGCGCUUGGGGGGUGGGGGGGACAAAACACUUUUUAAAUAACAUUGACACUUUUUUAAACACUUACUGUGAUGAAAUCACUUCACGUAAUGAGGAUCACUGAUGCAAUGUAUUCUUUCUUUCCAGUCUUUUGUAAUCUUGGUGAUAUAUACUGUUUUCCAACUUCGCUUUUUCCUAGUUCUUCAAAACUUCGAAUAUAUUACAAAAUGGAAGUAAAAAUGUAGUGUGCAUUUUCAGAUACUCUGACUUUUAAGUUAAUUACCUUGAUUCAAAUUCAAAGAUUAAAUUGGAAUUCUAAGACCGCACCAGUAAACUUCUUCUAUUUUGUAGUUGUUAGCUACACAGUGUCUGCUCUAAGAAUUGCCCCCUGUCAUUAAAACAAAACUGAACUCAUUGGAAAUGUUGCGGAGUCUUUUUGCUUGUUGGUUAGAAGUGUCUUAGAAGUAACAGAGAAACCUUUCUGAGAUAAAGCUUUAGCACUUGAAAAUUAGAAGGGAAAGGCGUACGUCAUAGAGUUGAUUUGAGUAGCACUGUUAACUCCAGUCUAUGCUUUUGAAGUGUGCGUGUCUUGGGCAGUUACUGUGUGCUGGACCUUCUUUCAAAGCCUGUCUUUCUGAUUUUAGAAGGUGGAGAUUCUUAUGGUGUUGUUUGCUUUAGGUGGGGAGGCAUCUAAUGCUCCAUAAAGAGGGAAUUUGUUAGAUCAGUGGAUCAAGUUUAUACAAACAUUCCUUUAUUCUAAACGCUUUGCCUUGUUUCGCCUCUGUUAGGAAAUAGUUUGAUUUCUCCUAUAUAUAUAUUUUUAUGAAAGAAUAUUUAAAAGCUACAACUUCUUAAAAUCGGUAUAUUGUGUGUGCCCUCUGCUACAGCCUGAAGAAUCUGGAUUUAAGAUUUUUUCCAUUAUCUGUCUUUCAUAAUUGUAUUAAAUGUGAAGCCUUGUCCAGUUAAUUUUCCAAUUUAAUAUGCAGUUAAUGUUUUUCUUGUGUAUCCUUUUGCAGUGGGAAUCGUUCGACUUGGGAAUGAGUUAAAGAUUUUUAUUCAGUCUCAAGAAGUUACUAAAUCAGGCUUUCAGGUUAACCCCAGUGUUAGACUGCUUGUGGAUUGAAUAGGAGUAAUUAGAAGCAAUCAAACUGAUAAACAAACAGGUUAACUGGAAACUGUUACUAUAGUUGAGUUUGUUACCCAACAAAAAGCUGCAUUCUGUAUCUUACACAGUUUGGUUGCUUACUAUACAGAAUAAACAUUUUAGUACAAAAUCUUGUCUACAUGUAACUAUCCAUUCUUCAGUCAUACAGCGCUGCUUAGAGUGACUACCGUAUAAUUUGUUACAUGUUCCAGGUAGUUCAAGUCACAGUUUUAAGUACUUGCUUCAACAGCUCCUGAGGUGUACUCGGCAGACUUGAGCUUAGUGAACUUGAGAACUGUGGGGCAGCACGCCCUUUAAUGCACCCAGUCUACUUCAGUAGAAGUAGGUGGUGUUAUUUUUAUGUACUGAUCCGACAAAAAAGAACACAGAAAACUCAAAUGACGUAACUGUGGGUCUGUCCAACCUGACCUUAAAACUGGAAAUUUGGAAUGCGGAAAUGCGGAGGGAAUUGAUAAACGAAGUGCCGCACAAAGUCACAUUUCACAUCUGAUAUUUCUAACAGAGACAUGCAUAGAUUCUGUGUGCCUUGCUCUCGAGUUGUACCUUAAGCCAAAAGGGACAAACAUUUAAAGCUUCUUGUCUGGUACUUUGACUGUAAAUCAAGUUUGAGUCUGAUAUCUGGUUGUGUUGGUGUCUGAUAUCUGGUUGUGUUGGUGCUGUCAGAGUCAUAAAUGAUGAGAAAGAAGUCAUAAAGGGAGCUUUUAAGGUACUUCUUCUGCUCUUUGAUACAUUGGAGUCUGAGGGUUGUGAUUCCUGUGUCCCUAAGGCAAACUGCUUUUGUAAAGCUCAUUCUUUGUGACGGGAGUCUUGAAAUGUGAACUUCAGAUUCACUUCCAGACACUUGAGGAGAGCGUGUUCUUGCCUGUUAAUAUUAUUGACUUUGCUUUUUGUUUCCUGUUGGCCUUUUGGAUGUUCUUGGCCUUGGGACUUUACAAAAAGAAUUUUUGAUUCCAUGAUGGCUUAAUCUUCAUCUUUGCCUUAUAGGACCUGUUGUUUUCCGACAAGUAAUAUAGAAUGAUUUCUCUUGAGUUUGAACAGAGCAUUGGAUGCCAGUUUCUUUCAUCUUCUCACGUCGUAGCUAAAAAUGCAUAUUGAUAGUUUUGGAGGAGUCAUUCCUGACUUCCUGUAGAAGCAAUAAUGUUUUAAUUUCUACCUUGUGGUGAAAACCUCUGUGAAUUUAAAACGUUUUGAGACUUCGCUUUCCAAUUUGUUACUUGCUUUGGCAUGAGAUUAUCCUUGCCUGUUUGGAUAACUUCUUUUUUGUUGCUUACAUUCUGAUUUUCAAACCUUAUCGCAUUUCAUUGCUCUGUGUGUAGUCUGGGAUUCAUUAGGAUAGAAGAUCGGUUGUCUAAUAAUGCUUUCAAAGUUACGGUAUCAGAAUAAUGAGAAAUGGGAACAACUGAAGAGUUUGUUAUUACACUGCUAUGCCUAAUAAAAUGCUUUUUGCUUA